UUUCCCCCUCCCCUUCCCUCCCCUCCUUUUCCCCCUCCCCUUCCCUCCCCUCCUUUUCCCCCUCCCCUUCCCUCCCCUCCUUUUCCCCCUCCCCUUCCCCCCUCCCCUCCUUUUCCCCCUCCCCUUCCCUCCUCUCCUUUUCCCCCUCCCCUUCCCUCCUCUCCUUUUCCCCCUCCCCUUCCCUCCUCUCCUUUUCCCCCUCCCCUUCCCUCCUCUCCUUUUCCCCCUCCCCUUCCCUCCCCUCCUUUUCCCCCUCCCCUUCCCUCCCCUCCUUUUCCCCCUCCCCUUCCCCCCUCCCCUCCCCCCCCCUCCCCUCCUUUUCCCCCUCCCCUUCCCUCCCCUCCUUUUCCCCCUCCCCUUCCCUCCCCUCCUUUUCCCCCUCCCCUUCCCUCCCCUCCUUUCCCCCCUCCCCUUCCCUCCCCUCCUUUCCCCCCUCCCCUUCCCUCCCCUCCUUUUCCCCCUCCCCUUCCCUCCCCUCCUCCUUUUCCCCCUCCCCUUCCCUCCUCUCCUUUUCCCCCUCCCCUUCCCUCCUCUCCUUUUCCCCCUCCCCUUCCCUCCUCUCCUUUUCCCCCUCCCCUUCCCUCCCCUCCUUUUCCCCCUCCCCUUCCCUCCCCUCCUUUUCCCCCUCCCCUUCCCUCCCCUCCUUUUCCCCCUCCCCUUCCCUCCCCUCCUUUUCCCCCUCCCCUUCCCCCCUCCCCUCCCCCCCCCUCCCCUCCUUUUCCCCCUCCCCUUCCCUCCCCUCCUUUUCCCCCUCCCCUUCCCUCCCCUCCUUUUCCCCCUCCCCUUCCCUCCCCUCCUUUCCCCCCUCCCCUUCCCUCCCCUCCUUUUCCCCCUCCCCUUCCCUCCCCUCCUUUUCCCCCUCCCCUUCCCUCCCCUCCUUUUCCCCCUCCCCUUCCCUCCCCUCCUUUUCCCCCUCCCCUUCCCUCCCCUCCUUUUCCCCCUCCCCUUCCCUCCCCUCCUUUUCCCCCUCCCCUUCCCUCCCCUCCUUUUCCCCCUCCCCUUCCCUCCUCUCCUUUUCCCCCUCCCCUUCCCUCUACUCCUUUUCCC